AUGCAGUCUGCACCAGAGCUGCCUGUGGAGGUACUGCAAUUGAUCAUCAACAACCUGCCCAGCGUUGCCGCUUUGAAGAAUGUCCGUCUUGUCAACAAGCUCUGCGCAGCAUUGGCCGUCAAGGCAUUGUUCUCAAGGGAUAGCUGGACUCUACUGCCAUACACGAAGGAUCUAGAAUCAUUCGCAUCGGUCAUGCAGCACAACCAGGCCAUUGCAAGUCUCGUCAAAGAGAUCCGAUACGACCACAAGUUGCGAUAUUCCGAAGACUUACGGCCCCUCGACACGGAUAUAGACGCCAAUGAAUACGCCGCCCUGAUCAACGAGUUGAGUCAAUAUGCACUGCGCCAUCGUGUUGACGCGCCACUGGAAGUUUCGCUGCUGGCGAAAUGUCUCCAGCAUCUUCCGUGCCUGGAGAGUAUCGAGACUUUGGACGUCGUAGCAGAGCGGACUAGCUUUGGUGAACCAUUGUACCGCAUGAAACAAUAUGGCCGGUGCAUCAGCUUGCCAAACUAUGUGCGCAGCGUUUCCGCGAGCGGCGAAGCCGUUCGACUGAUUCGGGCAGGCCUUUUUAACGCUGGACGGCAUGUUGAAGUCUCAUGGACCUGCUCAGAACUUGUACUGAUGGCUUACGCUCUAGCGGGCGGCCGUUCGUUACGACGAGCUACAUUGGAAGGUGUUGAUGUCGGAGAUUUAGUUAGUGCACCAGAACAGGGUGUGCCUACUAAGGGUCUAUCGACGUACCAGCAAAUCUUUGGCCAACUGGAAGAAUUGACGAUGCAUCUCAAACACGCCGAAUGCCCACCACAAUCCGGCAUUCGCCAGAGUCUUGGCUUGCUGCUCGCUUCAGCCGCCAACGUCAAAUACCUUGAUCUACGGUUCCCGGACCAUACAUUCCCUGCUAUACAUAGCGCACCCGAGCACUCCUGGUUGUCCAGUCUCGUGAGGGAUUCUGCUGGACGACUUAAAGACGGACCCGUGUUCCCGGAUCUGAAGGUCAUCUCUUUGAGUCUUCUCGCAUGUCAGGAGGAGGAACUAGAAGCCUUGAUAGGGACAAAUCACGCAAAGCUCAUCGAAGUGUAUCUUGACCACAUCACGCUUUCCCGGAACUUUGGAACUACCAGUCCAGCAUGUUGGGUUCGGCUUUUGAAGCACGUGCGGAGACCCGAGUGUUGUGUCUACUUCACCGACAAGCUCACUAAUCUGUCGCAUCAAUGGUGGGAUGUAUGUGAAAGUACUCAAGAAGAAGAGGACGGCUUGUACAAGAAGGUAUUCGACUGGAUGGGAGGCGAUGAUAUUGAGUGUCCCAUCGAAUGUGCCGCUGUACAGAUCGGUACAGAUGGCCAGGAAAUCGCUCCUCAUCCGCGAGCACAAGACAGAGGCGACUAUACCUGGAGGCUCCGCUACGAGGCCCCACUGGAAGAUGAUUCUGACGCGGAGGAGUCAGAUCUGGGGGACUCCGACGACGAGCAUGAUGAUGAGGCAGCGCAACAGGCAGAAUUGGAGUCCGAAGACUUCUCGCAAGAAGACUCGGAAGCAGAUACACCCCCUGGCAUGAGAGGCGAGCAAGUAAUGAGCACGCUUGCCGAAGAAGAGAUCGCAGCAGCUGAGGCUGUGCUCAGGGACAUUCCUGAAGCACGCGCAGCAUUGCAACAUCUUUCCUCUGCCAGGUUUUAUAUUCGAGAAGUGCAGGGAAUGAUGUGGCCCGAGUGGCAGCGAUGA